GUAAAAGUGCUUGGGUAGAAGAACUACCGUAAAUCUUGUGGACGUAUAGAACCACCCCAAGCAAAGUCACCAGAGAGUAGAGGAAGGAGGGUUGAAGGGUAGUUCUGCAGCUAUGCCACGCGCAACCAGCAUCACCACCCUGGGGAAACAACUGUACAGUGAGCCGAAUAAGCACCAUCGCCUUGCAAGCAUGGCUUACCCACAUAGUGCACAGGGCCCAACGAAGAAGAAGGGCCAUGAAGGGGUUGCUCCAGGUCGCUUAAGAGACUCCCGAGGAAGGGAGGGACCAGCCAAUAGUUGCCGAGAGGGUCUCGUCUCUUCCCCCGUAACAAUAUCUUGCCCUGAAUCGAAUCGUGCCUCACUUUGGUACCUCUGGAAAUCUAAGUCUAAAUCCCGGGCACCAGCGAUGUACUCCGAGGAACGCCUCUACUACGGCAAUGGGUCGUACCUCUGGUUCGAUUCCGAGGAGGAGCGCACCCGUUUCCUCACUUUUUUCUCUAAACAGGUUGUGGCUCCCCCACGGAUCGUCCCGGAGCGCUUCCCGGACUUGCAGGGCUACGACGAUCUAGACGUGCAGCUUCAUCAAGCCGGCCUUUGGCCGUUUGUCUCCCGGGCUCAGAAGGAGAUCAACCUGGCACUGAUCCGGGCCUUCUACUACAACCUCCGGCGUGAGGGCAACGUGCUCUACUCUCUUGUCAAGAGCACGCCGAUAGAGCUUUUCGUUGCGCAGCUUGGGCGCAUUGCUGGCCUCCCCUACCAAGGCGACGACGUCUCCCACUAUGGUGGAGAGGACUGGGUGCUCAACAACGAGGGCCUUAUCCUCAACGAGCUUGGCAUCACCGAACUCAUCCGCCAUGCCUCGGGCCGCCCCACCAUCCACUCCGCGACCCCCGAGAGCCGGCUCCUUCUCUCGGGAGAGUCUCUCGAGAGGCUGGAUUAGCCACAAAUUGUGGUGAAGCAGGGUAAAUUCGGU